AUGCGCAGUACGCCUCUCGAAAAUCGACCGCGACUUCCCCGCAUAGCCCUAAGCAAGCGGAAUCGGGCUGUCGUAAGGGCUCUGAACCCAAUGCUGGUGAUCUAUUUGGAAGCCAGCCGGGACCUUUGCGAGACGGACUCAAUUCUUUUUGGCGCCGCACUGGCAGUCUGCCGUAUUAUAGGCGCCAAACUUUCCACGGCUGGACGCGCUACUGGACAAAGUAGUGCUAUACCAGCCUGGAGAAUGAGAAUUGCAGAACGUAUCGCAAAGGCUAGGGUCCUCAUCGGCAGACUGAUAUGCUUCAGGUCAGGCAAUACCAGGCCAAGGAUUGUGCGUACCGUCAGGAUGGCGGUUGCUGGGACAAAUGUUAGUUUGUCCCAGCCGAAUAGAAUGCAAAAACUGACGGAGCGCAUAGACGACCUGAAGCAAAGAAUCGCUGCUAGGGGAAAGCGGAUUCAGCGAUAUACCGAGAGGUCGACAAAGUUCAACCAGAAUCGUCUCUUCCAGACGAUCCAGAGUGAUCAGAAGAGGUAG